GCAAGCAUCGACGGCCUCUUUGCUGAGAUUACUGUCGGAGCAGGAAGCUCUGCUGUCGUCUUCAAUCUUCCCAAGAAGCUGCUCUGCAACUCGUCCAUAUAUUUCAAGGCCGCGUUGAACAACGGGUUCUUGGAAACUACUACACAAAAAAUAACUCUCGACGACGAGGAUCUCGAAGUCUUCCGUACUUAUGUCGUCUGGUUGUUCCAAGCAGAAUUGAAACAUGAGAGCCUUGAUAAGACCCGCAAUGUCGCACGUCACUUGGUCCAUGUCUACAUCUUCGCAGACAGACGAGGCAUUGUGAGUCUAGCAGACGAUGUAGUUACAAUGAUGUCGUCCUUCUGGCUCUGCGAGUGCCUCGAUACGACGCCUGAUCCUGGAAUCGAGAGCCUCAGAGUGGGGACCAAUAAAGGAUUUGUGGAAACCAAGGAGCAGACGAUCACACUGGACGAUAAAGACCCCAAGAUCUUUACCACCUACGUUCUCUGGCUCUAUGAGAAGAAGCUGAAUAAGGAUACAACACCCGAGUGUUCUGAAGACGAGUGCACGGGCUGCGAUGCUUUCCAGGGACAUCUAUCCAGACUCUACGUCUUCGCUGACAAACGCGGCAUCUUGAAGCUAACCAACGACAUCCUCACAAUGUGGGUUUCAAACUGGAUCAACAACCCCGUUAACUUGAGCGAGAUUACGCAAGUCCUUCCCUUGAUCUUGCGUGAAAGCAACCUGUACAAGCUCGUCGCGGACAUGAUGGCAUUGGAGGUGAGACUGGAUCAUAUGACUGAUGGUCUGUCCGAUGCAGAUCUGUCCAAGGAGUUCGUGGUCGAUCUCCUCUGCAGAACCAUCCGGUUGCCGGAGGAAUUCAAUAAAUAUUUCAUGUGCUCCCAAUCCGCCUGUCACUAUCACUCUCACGACGAUCAGAAUGUCGUGAGCGAGGAGGAAUGUAUCCGCCGUAUUGAAGCUGGAAAUAACGUCUUCAACAUCAGCGUAGACCUCAAGCAAAAGGUCUGGGACUGGGAUUAU